AUGGAAUCAAAGAUAAUGAUAGUCUGCCUAUCUGUGAAGGAUAACAAGUGGCAAGACAAGACCAAGUCUGUGGCACAAACUGAGAACUUGUUCAAUGAUAAUGGUACCAAAGAUAAUAGUAGUCCACCUAUGUCUGUAAUAUAA